AUGCUUCAUGCUAGACUGUGGCUGCACUUCCGCGACACUGCUGCCAAGUUCCAAAAAGAAUGGCACGUGCAGGCGCCGCACCGUGAGCUUGACUUUGCGCCAUAUGUCAGAACCCGCGCGCUCGUGAAUGUCGUCAACAAGGGUCUGAAUCUCUUGGCUCUUGAAAGAUCCUACUCAGAACAGCUGGUCUCGGCAACAGAAACGUCCGCCCAACCUAAGGGGAUCUUCGGGCCUCUCAUCACACAACCGCCACCGUUCCACAAAGAGGAACCCCGGGACGCGGCGGUCGAGGGCAGACCUGCCUCUGCUACCGCGUCGGCUCCCGUCGCCGGUGCACCCGCGCCGCAUACAUCCGCUACUGCCACCGACAUCAUCACACCUUCCGCCGCCAACUCCACUCCCAACAGCACAUUACCGGCGGCCCCAGCAUUACCGCCACCGGCCGACGAUGCGGAUGGCACGAAAAAGCGCCAAAUCGACAUCAAGCAGCAGCCGCAGCAAAAUGGAUCACCCGCUAAAAAGCAGCGCUUGAGUAAUGGCCACGAUGCAACGGUGUCCAGCGCAGACGCUGCGCAUACUGCGCAAUCUACACCUAUGGACAUUGACGGGAACGAAAACCAGCAUGCAUACCCAUCACCAAUGGAACGUGAACCCGCAUCAACACCCGUACCGCGUACGGAUGGUCCAGAGCAAGGCACCCAAGUCGACAAAGUCGAGGAGCUGGCACCCGAUACGACAUUUUUGCGGCUGGCACCCGAUUUUGUCGCGGACACCAACAGCAUACUGGAGUCGCAGCAGCCCGGUCACGAAAACCCCAUUGUCCUGCAUUGCGAGUGGAACCCAACCAAUCCAGCCGUUUUGGCGGCUGCCGGAACAGAUGCGCUAGCCCGCAUUUGGACCAUCUCGCGUGCUGGUGAACCCGUGACCGAUCACGUGAACGGGCUGGACAAGUCGUACAAGGACCUUGUGGACGAGGAUGGUGCACAACAUUCCACGGUCACAGCCUUGGCCUGGAACCCUAGCGGAACCUCCAUUGCACUAGCCACGGAGGCAGGCAGCAAAUCCCGCGUUGGCAUUUGGUCUCCCGAUGGCACGCUGCUGCACCAGUACAACGUCCGCGAACCGCCUGUCAUAAAGCUGCGGUGGCAUCCCAACGGCACGUCCAUCCUCGGCGUCGCUCCCGAGGGCAGCGGUACCCUGGUGACUGUGUUCUCAGCUUUGGCCGCGGGCGUGUCGUCGUACCUGCUCAAGGACCACGACUUGAGUGGCGAUCCUCUUGACGUGGCCUGGACAAGCGAGACCAGCUUUUUGGUUUGUGGUGGUGAUCUUCUCGCUGCGUUCUCCGUGACGGAGAAUGGCAUUGUCCCAGCUCGGACCUUCAACACGGGCAAGGACGAACGCUUCACGACUGUCCAGUACGACCCGCUAUCUCGAAUUGCCGCGACAGCCAGUGAACGAGGCGUGAUUGACCUCUGGGACGAGAACGGUGAACGACGCACGAUAUCGGCGCACAUCGGCCUCAUCACAUCACUGGCAUGGCAGCCCCUGCAGUCCACUACCGCUCCUGAUGACGAACGGUUACUCGCCUCGGGAGGCGAGGACGGUGCGAUCACCAUCUGGAACGCACGCCUGCCCGACAGCAAGCCAAAAUGCUCCAUGACUAUGGAUCUGCCGGUCAUGGCAGUCGCGUUCACGCCCGACGGUGCGUUCAUUGCGGGUGCGACGCCGGAUCGGAUUCUGAUCUGGAAGGUCGGCGACCACGCAAUUCCGCGGGCCAGCUGGCGACGCGAACCGCACCCCGGCUGGCACAGCCCGAGGCUGAACAACGACGGCGAUGACGAGGACACACACUGUCUGUGCUGGGAUGCGACUGGACAGAAACUGGCGUAUGGCGUCAACAAUCGGUUGGCGGUAAUCAACUUUAGGUGA